AUGCGUUUCCUCAGCUCGCUGUCUGUUGGUGUUGUCCUGGUCGGCGCUGUUGCUGGCUUGGUGACCCCAUACAACAAUACUUCAACCGGACUUGGAGAUUUCCCCUCGCUCAUCAAUGUCACCACUGAAGACCUUGCCACAGGUCUAGAGGCUGGUCGUUUCACCAGUGUGGAUCUGGUCAAGGCCUACUCGGCCAGAAUCAUCGAAGUCAACAGCACUCUUCACAUGGUCACUGAGCUCAACCCUGAUGCUUUGGCAAUUGCUGCUGAAUUGGAUGCUAUGCGAGCAAACGGUACUAUUCUGGGACCUCUUCAUGGCUUGCCCAUUCUCAUCAAGAACAACAUUGCUACUGCUGAUUUGAUGAACAACACUGCUGGAUCUUUCGCUCUGCUCGGCGCAAAGGUCCCUCAUGAUUCCACUCUAGCUGCUAAGCUGAGAAAAGCUGGUGCCAUUAUUCUCGGCAAGACCAAUCUCUCUCAGUGGGCCAACUAUCGCUCGAACAACAGCACCAACGGCUGGUCAGCAUAUGGUGGACAGACUGAAGCUGCUUACUACCCUCAUCAAGACCCUAGUGGUUCUUCCAGUGGCUCGGGUGUUUCUUCUUCGCUUGGUUUGGCUCUCUCUGCUCUUGGCUCUGAGACAUCUGGUUCCAUCCUUUCUCCCUCAGACGUCAACAACCUUGUCGGUAUCAAGCCUACGGUUGGUCUUACCAGCAGAUAUCUUGUCAUCCCCAUCUCCGAGCAUCAAGAUACCGUUGGUCCUAUGGCAAGAAGCGUCAAGGAUGCAGCCUACCUCCUCCAAGCCAUUGCCGGUGUAGACCCCAAUGACAACUACACCUCCGCCAUCCCCAACAAUGGUAGCCUCCCUGACUAUGUAGCUGCCUGUGACUACUCGGCUCUAGCAGGCAAGCGCAUCGGUGUAGCAUGGAACGUCAUCGACAUCUACGGCCCCAUCGACUCACCAGUAAUGACCGCCUUCCUCGAAUCCAUCGCCAUCAUCAAGCGAGCAGGCGCAACCAUCGUCGACGCAAACUUCACCGCCUUCCCCGAAUACGUCAAAGACAACAACGAAACCCUAGUCCUCAACGCCGAUUUCAUCACAAACCUACACACGUACCUCUCCGAGUUGAGCUACAACCCCAACAACGUCACCGACCUCGCCGAAGUCAGAAACUUCACUCACGCAUUCGAGCAAGAGGAUUGGCCCGAUCGCGACACUGCGGUGUGGGACGAUGCACUCUUCAACCAAGGCUGGAACAACAGCGACGCUCGCUUCGCAGCCGCCUACGCCGCAAACCUGUAUUACGGCGGCGAAGGCGGUAUCCUCGGCGCUCUGUCCCGCAACAAUGUCUCUGCUGUCUUGCUGCCCACCCAACUCUCUCCCGGUAUCCCUGCACUGGUGGGAAGUCCUGUCGUCACCGUACCCAUGGGCUUCUACCCCGCCGAUUGGAACGUCACGUAUAACGCUAGAAAGACACUGGUGGAGACUGGCCCCAAAGUACCCUUUGGACUCAGUUUCAUGGGAGAAAAAUUCAGCGAGGCCGAGUUGAUUGGGUUGGCGUAUGCUUAUGAGCAGAGGACCAUGCACAGGGAUGACGUGCAGCCUUAUAUCAUCCCUAACAUUGAGUUGGCGGAUUUUGUCAAAUAA